UUCUCUUGCAGGGCAUUUAUUUUGUACUUCACUCCUGUUUCCCCCAUAAACCGCAAAAAUUAACAAAAAACGCAAAAUGUCGAAGCCAGCCUAUAAAGUUGCUGAUAUAAAGUUAGCCGAAUGGGGCCGCAAGGCUAUCAUUAUUGCUGAAAAUGAAAUGCCCGGUUUGAUGGCUUGCCGCAAGAAGUACGGUCCUUCGAAAAUUUUGAAAGGUGCCCGUAUUGCCGGCUGUUUGCAUAUGACGGUUCAGACUGCUGUACUUAUUGAAACUUUGGUUGAAUUGGGCGCUGAGGUUCAAUGGUCCAGCUGUAACAUUUUCAGUACACAAGAUCAUGCUGCUGCUGCUAUUGCCGCCACCGGUGUACCCGUCUAUGCCUGGAAGGGUGAAACCGAAGAAGAAUACCAAUGGUGCAUUGAACAAACUUUGGUCUUCCCCGAUGGUCAACCCUUGAACAUGAUCUUGGAUGAUGGUGGUGAUUUGACCAAUUUGGUCCAUGAAAAAUACCCUCAAUACUUGAAGGGCAUCAAGGGUUUGUCCGAGGAGACCACCACCGGUGUUCACAAUUUGUACAAAAUGUUCAAGGAGGGACGUUUGGGUGUACCAGCCAUCAAUGUCAAUGACUCGGUUACCAAGAGCAAAUUCGAUAACUUGUAUGGCUGCCGUGAAUCUCUUAUCGAUGGUAUCAAGCGUGCCACAGAUGUCAUGAUCGCUGGCAAGGUUUGUGUUGUUGCCGGUUACGGUGAUGUAGGCAAGGGUUGUGCCCAAGCCUUGAAGGGUUUCGGUGGCCGUGUUCUCAUCACCGAAAUUGAUCCCAUCAAUGCCUUGCAAGCUGCCAUGGAAGGCUAUGAAGUCACCACCAUGGAGGAGGCCAGCAAAGAAGCUACCAUCUUCGUCACCACCACUGGCUGCAUCGACAUCAUCACCGGUGAACACUUUUUGAACAUGAACGAUGAUGCCAUUGUCUGCAACAUUGGCCAUUUCGAUUGUGAAAUCGAUGUCGCCUGGUUGAAUACCAAUGCCGUCGAAAAGGUGAAUGUUAAACCUCAAGUUGAUCGUUACACCCUGCCCAAUGGCCGUCACAUUAUUGUCUUGGCUGAAGGUCGUUUGGUCAAUCUGGGUUGUGCCCAUGGUCAUCCCAGUUUCGUCAUGUCCAACUCCUUCACAAAUCAAGUUUUGGCUCAAAUCGAAUUGUGGACCAAAUCGGAACAGUACGCUGUCGGUGUUCAUGUCUUGCCCAAGCAUUUGGAUGAAGAAGUUGCCAGUUUGCACUUGGAGAAAUUGGGUGUUAAAUUGACCAAAUUGUCAGAGAAACAAGCUAAAUAUUUGGGUAUUCCCAUCAAUGGUCCCUUCAAGCCUGAUCAUUAUAGAUAUUAGAAUUAUCG